AUGACCACCCCGGACCCUCACAACGGGUCGGCGCGCUUGGAAGCUCCCCAUGUCUUGCAGGAUAGGCAGUACCAGGGCCUGCCGCUGGGGUCCCAUACGGAACAGAAGCUGCGUCAUGCCUCCGCUCAUCAUCUACAUAUGACCAGUCGGCGCUUCUUUAUUGGACCGAUCCCAGAGGGCUGGAUUCAUGGCCACCGCAAGUCAUGGUACCAGUCGAGGCUUCGGUUUAGGAACUACACAUCGCAGACGCUCUCGUUUUCAGUCGACCCUGUGGCCUCUCAUUACAACCAGCAAGAAAACCAAGAACCCCACGCCGCGGAGGGCGCGGCGCCUGCUCCAAGCGAAGAAGCCACCCUUACACUGACCAACACAAGCGAGGGCUUUACACCGGAGGAAGGGCCCGCGGAGAGCACACAGGAGGAUGCCGAGGAGCCACCGGGGGAGCUUCGUACUCUCACUCAUCCGACGGAGGAGACGGAAGAGAUCGAGUCGCUGUCCGAGUAUGAGCCAUCGACUGAAGCUGAUUCCGAUGCAACACCACGCCCAAUGACGGAAAGAGGCUCAAGACGGAGAGAUGACAAUGGAAAUGCCUCCUCGUCGUUUGUGACCGCCAGGGAAGAUCUUGCAAGCACCGUGGACACAGACCGGACGUCUACCAUAUCUACCAUAAAGCCCAAUGGAUUGACACCUACUCAACGGCCUACUUCGCAGGAAUUGCAGCAGCUGAGCAUAGCCAGGGAUGAUGCUGCAAGCCCUCUCACCUCAAGUGCUUCUGCAGACCUAAGUGAGGCUGACUCCUCCACGCAUUUGCUACGACCCAGCCUGAAAGAUCAGAAGAAGCCCAAGAGCAAAGCCUCUAGCAUAUCGCGGCCUACGCUUGACCAGCAGGAACCUCAGAAUGAAGAUUUUACUGAGCAAGAAGGUCCCAGACGCAAUGGACAAAUACACCGACGGAUCAAUCGAAAGAUGGCAAAAUACAACCUGGAUGACAAUGUCAUGCACAAGCAACAGAAACUGCGCUCUCGCAUUGCCAAGACCCAGGGUGCAAUCUCUGCGAACCGCCCACGCGGGCGCAAGAUGCAGGACGGUGAAAUUGUCAAAGCAGAAAAGAUGCUGGUUUCUGUCGAAGAGACCGUACAAGACAAAUUGCCUGCCGAUUAUACGGAAAAUGACAGUUUGCGGACAGAAACUCGAACUGUAGACAAGUGGAGAGAGUUUCUGGUCGUAUGUCGAAAAGGUUCUGCUGAUCACGCACCUUUUGCCUUGCAAAUGUACCGAACUCGAGUGAUCCCCGAUGCGCAGAGCCCGAAUAACAAAAACAAAACGGCUCCCUACUAUGAAGUGAUGCUGAACCCCAAAAACACCCAGGUCAAUCUCUAUUCGGCUCUCGACAAGACUAUUGUGAUCUGGCAUCCUUGCAGACGCGGCACCAAAAUAUACAUUAUCCGCCCCAAGUCGACAGCUCAUGCCACCGAGUGGUACACAUUUAUUCGGCAGGUGCUUGGCUGGCGCCGUCCCAGCCAGCUACCCAUCAAUGUUCCGGAUCUAGGAGUCUCGUUAAUUUUCAAACACCCGUUUGAUCAAUCAGAGGCACAGCUUGGGGUGAAGAAUGAUGAUGAGAGGCACACUACGAUAUUUAGCAGGGCUGCAGCUAAUGAGAAAUCUGCAGCAGCGACUAUUAUCAAGGGCUGUAUGGAGAUGCUUGAGGGCCGUCCCGAGUGGUCCGAAGUUUUAAGAGCUUGGUCAAAAACAGAAAAAAUGGGCCUUGCCUGGAAACGAUACGAUCGUCUUGAAUGGCUAUUCGGUGCCAACGAGGAGAACAUGUACGGAACUAUUGCGAUGCAGUCAUCACAUGAGCUUGAGCUUCGACCGCGAUAUCAUUACCCUACGGCAAUCAAGAAUGCAGACGUCAAGGAAAUGGAACCUCCACCCGUCGAGGGGUUCCUGAUUCGACUCACAUCACAAAAGGGUUUGCACCAACGGAUGAACAAGAUGUUCUUCAAACAUCUGUACUUCUACACGCAGGAUCAUUUCUUAUUGUUCUGUCGACCGGCCAAGGCCUAUCCCCCGACACCGCCGAAAUUAGCUCCAAUGGAAGGGUCGAGUAUACCGACUUCCCGCCAGAUCAUGGAAGAGAUGCCAUUGUCUUGGGAUAUCGACCCAUACCCCGUUGAAGAGGGCGAGAUUGCGUGGCUGAAGAGCGGGAAUGCCAACUUCGUUCAACGGCACGACGAGGAGGCUUAUGCUCAGCUACAGAGAAAUGUGCACAACAUGAGCCAGGCCGAGGGGUACAUCGACCUUUGCAUGGUACGGGAAGUGCGGAACAUCCAGCGUGGGAGCAGCCCUGCGGACCAAAACAUCCAAGAAGGCCCAGCUGUGGAUUUCCAGCCCGAGCCCGCGGACACUCGACAGGAUGAUGGUACCACUAAGCAGUUCGAGGGCGACCGGACAUUCGAGAUGACACUCGAGAAUGGCCUGGUGAUUCGCCUACAGGCAUACGAUGCUGGCACGCGAGCUGAAUGGGUGAAGCGGUUAGGUGCCCUGGUGAAGUACUGGAGGGCACGCAGCUUAGAUGAUGCUGCCGAACUUCAGGCGAUGCGGCAGCAGAAUUUGAAGCUUCUAGAAAUCGACGAAGAAAUGGAAUCGAUUGUGGGCCAGUUUGCAAAGAAGUGGGAGGUAAAAAAGGCCGAGACAUCUCCACAUUUGCACAAUAUGUGCGCGCUGGCUGGCUGUCGGCCGAUCAAGAUGUCUGGGCAACUUUAUCGCAAACCCCGUCGCCAUUCCACCUUCGCUCGAUGCCACGUAAUUCUCACUGCAGGCAAACUGCUCAUCUUCCGGAGCACGCUACGCCAGCGCAAUGGCGCCGAGAUCCCCCACAUCCAUCAAGACCACGAUACAACAAUUGACCUAAGCGACUGCUACAUCUACUCCGGACUUGCCACCGAGGCCGAUCUGCUCUAUGCCAAUCAGACAUUUGACAGCAACAACCCAGGUCUCCACGCCCUCCCGCGAAUCUAUCUUGCGUCUAAUACAUUUACCAGCCGUGACCAGGAUACAGCUAUCACGUUUGUGAUUUGGCAACCUCUGAAGAAGAGUUACUUCCGUGCCGAGGAAAGAGCCGCAACGGGUCAAAUCAAAAGAAGCUUGCGACAUGUGUCAACACUUGGAAAACACGGUCGAACGAUCGUUUUCAAAGCUCGUAGCCGUGUCGAGAAAGACCGCUGGGUUCUAAGCAUUUCUUCGGAGAUCGACCGUCUGCAAGAAGAGAGGCAGGAAGAUAUUCGGAUUGUCUCUUUAUAA